AUGCUGCUAGACGUGGUCCGGAUGCUGGCCGCGUCUAUUGGCUUCUGCAUAUCAUCAUCGCGAGAACUGGAAGCCUUUGUCCUGUCCAAGGACUACGUCUCUGCGCAGCUGGCAAAUGGUCCCAUCGAUCGGCACUGGCACGGGCUACAUCACUGGUCCACGGAAAAACACUUUGGCUAUGGAACCUAUGACAGCAUCUCCAAUCUCGGUUCAGGAGGUGAUCCAGACAAAAAAGAGGCACGGCUAGAAGGCUUCUUGGAUGAGUACUUGAAGCUCCGGGCAGGGACCGUGAAGACUGUUUCCAUGCUGCGAGAUUAG